AUAUCUACACCAAUCUAUAGAUACACCCUUCUCUAAUUUCAAUAAUGAGUGGCAGAGGUAAAACCGGCGGCAAGGCCAGGGCGAAGGCUAAGACUCGUUCUUCCAGAGCAGGGCUGCAGUUCCCCGUCGGUCGUGUUCACAGACUUCUCCGCAAAGGGAACUACGGCGAGCGCGUUGGUGCCGGUGCCCCGGUGUAUCUGGCCGCUGUGCUCGAGUAUCUGACGGCUGAGAUCCUGGAGCUGGCUGGAAACGCCGCUCGGGACAACAAGAAGACCCGUAUCAUCCCCCGUCACCUGCAGCUGGCGGUGCGCAACGACGAGGAGCUCAACAAACUCCUGGGCGGAGUGACCAUCGCUCAGGGCGGCGUGCUGCCCAACAUCCAGGCCGUGCUGCUGCCCAAGAAGACCGAGAAACCCGCCAAAACCAAAUAAGUAGAUUAGAGUCAGUUUCUGGAACCCAAAGGCUCUUUUAAGAGCCACCCACUUUCUCUUCCAAGGAG